AUGAUAGGCGGAGCACAACUCCUGGCGCUGUCAGCAUGUCUCUUUUCUUCAGUGAUCAGAGCAAAUGGAUUUGGUAAUUCAAGGGAGCCGUUCAUUCCCGGCAGAUAUCUGGUUGAGUUUCAGGAUAGCGUCACUGUAAGCCUCCGAGGGUUCUCGCUUUGCUCAAAGAUUACUUGGGACAUUCCGCUAACCAUCAGCUAUAAGACCUCGCAUUCGUUCUUUACAGCACUUGCGGAGAAUUCCAUUGCCGCUAAACCGUUCAUUACUCUCGACUACUCUUUAUUCAAAGGCGCAUCUUUUAGUCUGAGCAAUACCAGUGAUGAAAAGACUACUUUGCAGAAAAUUCUGUCGUUACCUUCUGUGAGAAGAGUGCAUCCCGUGCGCUCCUACUCUCUUCCAGAAACAUCUGGAUAUGUAGCAAGUCAACCUUAUCCAGCGUUUAAUAUUACCAAUUCAAAGUCAUCGAAUACUACUCCGGACAUAUUCAGCCCACACGUCAUGACUGGGGUGGACAAACUCCGUGCCGAGGGCUUGUUUGGUGAUGGGAUAAAAAUUGCAAUUGUUGACACGGGAAUCGAUUACAAUCAUCCUGCCCUUGGUGGAUGUUUUGGACACGGGUGUAAAGUUGCCUUUGGGACGGACCUUGUUGGUGAUGACUAUACCGGAAAGAAUAUCCCCGUGCCAAGUGAUGAUCCCAUGGACUGUGCUGGCCAUGGAACCCAUGUAGCAGGAAUCAUUGCCGCCGAUUCUGUUGUUCCAGAAUUCACGGGUGUUGCCCCUAACGUGACCCUCGGAAUAUACCGUGUCUUUGGUUGCACUGGUAGUUCUAGUGAUGACAUUUUGAUUCAGGCAUUUAUGAUGGCUUAUGAGGCUGGCGCCGAUAUAAUUACCGCCUCAAUUGGAGGCAACUCAGGUUGGAGUGAAGAACCCUGGGCCAUGGUCGUGUCACGAAUUGUAGAAGCCGGGGUUCCUUGUACAAUCGCCGCCGGUAACGAUGGUAACACUGGCGUCUUUGUUGCUUCUGCCGCUGCUACAGGAAACGGGGUUACUGCAGUAGCAUCAGUGGACAAUAUUAUGACUCCACUGCUGGUGAAGAAUGCCACAUGGUCUACGAACAACUCAACAACUCAAACAUUUGGGUGGAUUCCAUAUACUCCUGCCAAUAUCCCAAAUGGUACUUACUUGCUCUACGAUAUUCUGAAUGGCAGCAAUGAUACCUCGCUUCCCUGUAAUGACAACUUUACCAUUCCCGAUAUCAAUGGGAAAAUCGCUCUUAUACCCUACGAUACUUAUUGUACUGAUGGCUCUGGGAUGGUUGCAAAAGUUACAGAUGCCAAUGGCAAGUACAUAAUGUGGUACUCUGCUAGGGCUGGUGAAAUAUACCCUAUUAACGGUACUGGAUACGGGAUUGAUUCAUUCGGAAUGGUAACUACCGAGCUCGCAACGCGAUGGACUGAGGCCAUGGCCGCUGGUUCUCAAGUAUCCGUCAAUAUGAUAACUCCCGUUUACGAGCUCUUCUCGGUCCAGAACACUGUGAACAAUGUGACCGGUGGUUAUCUUAGCUCUUUUAGCAGCUGGGGGCCAACAUUCGAGGUUGAUGUUAAGCCCCAGUUCGCCGCACCUGGUGGCUCUAUUCUAUCCACGUAUCCACUGAGCCUGGGCGGGUACAUGGUCGCGAGUGGUACAUCCAUGGCCACUCCUUUUGUCGCGGGCUCCAUAGCUCUUCUUAUCGAGGCUCGUGGGAAGUCCGACCCAGCUACAAUCAAUAAUAUCCUAUCAGCAAGCGCUGAUCCUAAAGACUUUAAUGAUGGUGUGUCUACCUACCCUUACCUUGCUCCGGUUGCACAGCAGGGUGGUGGUCUCCUAAAUGUCUAUAAUGCGGCACAUGCCGUGGGCGUUUUGAACAUUUCUAGCAUAUCGUUUAAUGACACCGCGCACUUCGUGAAGUCCGCGUGCUUUGAAAUCACAAACACCGGCAGUGAAAGUGUUACUUAUACUAUUGGCUACACAUCUAGUGGAACGCUUUAUACAUUGCCAGCUGAUGGCGACCCCGUACCGUCAACAUUCAGUGUCGGCUCUGCCCCGGAAAUUGUCGCAUCGAGUGCCCAGUUGUCCGUGAGCCCGGAUACUGUAAUGAUCGGAGCGGGAGAAUCCGCUUCCAUAGAGGUAACGGCGUCUCUCCCAACUGACUUGACUGCAUCUCGUAUACCUGUUUACAGCGGAUACAUUACCCUGAACGGUACUAAUGACGAAUCACUUUCUCUUCCCUAUAUGGGAGUGGCAUCGAGUCUCAAGGAAGCCGUUAUAUUCGACAGCGCCGACAAUCUGACAUAUUUGUCUCGAUACAUGAACAUUUCGGCUGUACCGGACGGGUUUGCGUUCAUACUCCCGCCUCAAAACAGUACGGACGAGGAGAAGGAGCAGUACGAUUUUCCUGUUCCCGCAUCAUUUGACUCAUUCGGCACCCGAAUUCUGCGGGUUGAUCUGGUCCCUGCCCACUCCAAUACCACAGUAAAUACCACUCAAGUUCUUGGAGUCGAUAUCGUCGGUUCAAUCGUCAACUUCCCAGCCAACGAACAAGGAAGAGGCCCGUGGCAUGUUUUCUGGUAUGGCCAACUGAGUGAUGGUAGUUUUGCGCCCCCGGGAGACUACUGUCUUCUUUUCCGCGCGCUAAAAAUCUUUGGCGAUGAAAAUUCGACGGAUGAUUAUGAGUCUGUCAAGAGUGUAUCGUUUUCUCUUACCUACGCUUCAUCAAAUGCAACCAAUGCUUCUACAUGA